CAGGACGUGGGUCCAUGGUGGAUGGCUCUGGGGAGGCUCCCAAGGCCGUGCCGUCCCCCUGCCGCGCAGGUCAGAGGGUCACUGCAGAGGCUGCUCAUCGUCCCGGUCCCAGGGCUGGGGCCAAGGGAGCCUGCACUGGAGACCCAUGUGGAACCCAAGGACACAGCCGCCCUGCUGAGAGGACGGUGGCCCAUCCUUGGAGACCGUGACCGUGCAACGGUGGCCCUAGGCCCUCCACCCCCGGCUGGGUCGGGGGCCGCCCAUCUCCACGUCCCCAGCCAUGACGACCUCAGCGCUGCGGCGCCAGGUGAAGAACAUCGUGCACAACUACUCGGAGGCGGAGAUCAAGGUGCGCGAGGCCACCAGCAAUGACCCGUGGGGCCCGCCCAGCUCGCUCAUGUCGGAGAUUGCCGACCUGACCUUCAACACAGUGGCCUUCGCCGAGGUCAUGGGCAUGCUGUGGCGGCGGCUCAACGACAGCGGCAAGAACUGGCGGCAUGUGUACAAGGCGCUGACGCUGCUGGACUACCUGCUCAAGACGGGCUCCGAGCGGGUGGCCCACCAGUGCCGCGAGAACCUCUACACCAUCCAGACGCUCAAGGACUUCCAGUACAUCGACCGCGACGGCAAGGACCAGGGCGUCAACGUGCGCGAGAAGGUCAAGCAGGUGAUGGCCCUGCUCAAGGAUGAGGAGCGCCUCAGGCAGGAGCGCACCCACGCCCUGAAGACCAAGGAGCGCAUGGCGCUGGAGGGCUCCGGCAUCGGCAGCGGGCAGCUGGGCUUCAGCCGCCGCCACGGCGAUGACUACGGCCGCUCACGUGGUUCCCCUUCCUCCUACAACUCCUCCUCCUCAUCCCCCCGCUACACCUCCGACCUGGAGCAGGCCCGGCCGCAGACGUCAGGAGAAGAGGAGCUGCAGCUGCAGCUGGCCCUGGCCAUGAGCCGUGAGGAGGCCGAGAAGCCGGUCCCCCCAGCCUCCCACAGGGACGAGGACCUGCAGCUGCAGCUGGCUCUGCGCCUGAGCCAGCAGGAGCACGAGAAGGAGGUGAGGUCCUGGCGGGGAGAUGACUCUCCCACGGCCAAUGGUACUGGGGCCGCAGUCCGCCGUUGGCAGGACAGAGAGCCCGAAAGAGAACAGAGAAAGGAAGAGGAGAAGCUGAAAACCAGCCAGUCCUCCGUCCUGGACUUGGCUGACAUCUUCGCACCUGCCCUGGCCCCACCCUCCACACACUGCUCUGCUGACCCAUGGGACAUCCCAGGUCUCAGGCCGAACACAGAGCCCAGUGGCUCCUCCUGGGGGCCUUCUGCAGACCCCUGGUCUCCCAUCCCCUCAGGAAGUGCCCUGUCCCGAGGCCAGCCCUGGGACUUGCCCCCCGUGCUCUCCUCCUCUGAGCCCUGGGGCCGGACCCCAGUGCUGCCUGCUGGACUGCCCACCACAGACCCCUGGACACAGAAGUCCCCCCACCACAAACUCCCCAACACUGGGGCCGACCCUUGGGGGGCUUCAGUGGAGACCUCUGACACACCUGCUCUCAGUGGUACCUCGACCUUUGACCCAUUUGCCAAACCUCCCGUAUCCACAGAGACCAAGGAGGGUCUGGAGUGUGCCCAGAACCUGCCUUCUGGGAAGCCAAGCAGUCCUGUGGAGCUGGACCUGUUUGGAGACCUCAUCCCCAGUUCCAAGCAAAAUGGCAUGAAGGAGCCAGAUGCCUUUGACCUGGCUGUACUGGGAGAAGCGCUAGCCCAGCCCAGCAAGGAGGCCCGACGCUGCCGGACCCCUGAGUCCUUCCUGGGCCCCUCAGCCUCUUCUUUGGUCAACCUUGACUCACUAGUCAAGGUGCCCCAGGCUGCAAAGACCCGGAACCCCUUCCUGACAGGUCUCAGCGCUCCAUCCCCCACCAACCCGUUCGGCUGGGGAGAGCAGGGCAGGCCGACCCUGAACCAGAUGCGCAGCGGGUCGCCGGCGCUGGGCCUGGCGGCCAGCGGACCGGUCGGGUCGCCCUUGGGCUCCAUGACCUACAGCGCCUCCUUGCCCCUCCCGCUCAGCAGCGUGCCAGCCGGCGUGAGCCUCCCCGCCUCGGUCAGCGUCUUCCCGCAGGCCGGCGCCUUCACGCCGCCGCCCACGAGCCUGCCACAGCCGCUGCUACCCACGUCGGGGUCGACCGCGCCGCCCCACCCACCCGCGCAGGCCGGCACCAACCCCUUCCUCUGA